AUGGCUUUUGCAGCACCAAAAACAACACACGUCUUGUUAUCUAUUUUCUUACUCUUCAACUUCAUUAUUCCAUAUGCAUUCUCUUUGACCUUUAACUUCACUAGUUUUGAUCCUAAUGACAAAACCAUAAUCUAUGAAGGAUCAGCAAAUCCUGCUUCAUCAGCUAUCGAACUUACAAUAAACCAACAAGGUAAGCUCAUGAAUGGAAGCAUUGGUAGAGCCACAUAUUACCGACCUAUCCACCUUUGGAACAAAACCACAAACAAUCUCACAGAUUUCACAUCUCAUUUUACCUUUGCUAUAAAUUCACAGAAUAGAAAAAACUAUGGAGAUGGGAUUGCAUUUUUCCUUCAACCUUCUGGUUCAAAGAAGCCUAAUGCAACAAAAGGAGGUUCUAUGGGUUUAACUCUUGAUAACCAAGCAUUGAACUCAACUGAAAAUCCAUUUGUUGCUGUGGAGUUUGAUAUCUAUCGGAAUCGCUGGGAUCCGCCUCUGGAACAUGCGGGAAUCGACAUCAACUCUAUGAGAUCUGUCGCUAAUGUGACAUGGUUGGCUGAUAUCAAACAAGGUAGACUCAAUGAUGCUUGGAUCAGUUACAAUGCUAGUUCACUAAAUCUAAGUAUUAUAUUCACUGGUUUUGAUAAUGUAACUUUUACCACUGUGAAACAACAUUUAUCUGCCAUAGUUGAUCUCAGGCUUUAUCUGCCAGAAUUUGUUACUGUUGGUUUUUCGGCUGCCACAGGAAAUGCAACUGCUAUUCAUAGUAUCUCUUCUUGGGAUUUUAGCUCAACUUUGGAAGCACAACAAGAUAGCAACAAAACAAACACACAGGACCCAGUUGCAAGUUCUCCAUCCUUCAACGCAUCUCCUAGUAAGAAGAAAAAGGCCAUGACAGGACUAGCAGCCGGAUCGGGAAUUGGUGGAUUUGUUUUGUUUGGGGUGUUGGGUUUUGUUUCAGUUGUUUUCUGGAAAAAGUGGAAGAAAGGAAAGGAAGAGGAAGAUGGUGAAUUUGAAGAGUACAUGGGUGAGGAUUUUGGAAAAGGGACAGGACCCAAGAAGUAUACAUAUGCAGAACUAGCACACGCAGCUAAUAAUUUCAAAGAUGAACAUAAGCUAGGACAAGGAGGAUUUGGAGGUGUUUAUAGAGGUUUUCUUAAAGACACAAAAUCUUAUGUGGCCAUUAAGAGGGUGUCAGAAGAUUCUCAUCAAGGGAUAAAGGAGUUUGCGUCAGAAGUAACAAUUAUUAGCAAAUUAAGGCAUAGAAACCUAGUGCAGUUGAUUGGUUGGUGUCAUGAAAAGAAAAAGCUAUUGCUUGUAUAUGAGUACAUGCCAAAUGGUAGUUUAGACUUUCAUCUUUUCAAAAAAGAAAGCUUUUUGAAAUGGGCUGUUAGAUAUACAAUAGCUAGAGGCUUGGCUUCUGCAUUGUUGUAUUUGCAUGAAGAAUGGGAACAAUGUGUUGUACAUAGAGACAUAAAAGCAAGCAACAUAAUGUUGGAUUCAGAGUUUAAUGCAAAACUUGGAGAUUUUGGUUUAGCAAGGUUUGUGGAUCAUGCAAAAGGUGGACAAACAACAGCUUUAGCAGGGACCAUGGGAUACAUAGCUCCUGAAUGUGCUACCAUUGGAAGGGCUAGUAAAGAAACAGAUGUGUAUAGUUUUGGAAUUGUUGCUUUAGAGAUAGCCUGUGGAAGAAAACCUAUAGAAAAUAAGACUCAAGAAAAUGAAAUAAACAUUGUGGAGUGGGUUUGGGGGCUAUAUGGAAGAGGGAGUAUUCUUGAAGCAGUAGAUCCAAGACUAAGUGGAGAUUUUGACGAGGAACAAAUAAAGUGUUUGAUGAUUGUUGGUCUUUGGUGUGCUCACCCUGAUCCUAAUAACAGGCCUUCAAUAAGACAAGCUAUUCAAGUGCUUAAUUUUGAAGUUUCACUGCCUAAUCUUCCAUCAAGUAUGCCUGUACCAACAUAUCUUGAGGGGCCUUUGAACUCAUUCACAGUUCCAUUCCGCAUAAAUGGUUCAGAGCAAGAAUAUAAUAAGUUUUAG